AUGAUGGCACAAAAACAGGCGGAGAUGGCACAAGAACAGGCGCCGAUUGCACAAGAACAUGAAACGAUGGCGAAGAAGAUGAUCAAACUAGAAGUCAGCGGCAAAGAGCUUUCUGACCAAAGAAGCAAGGUUAAACAUUUGUUCCGACAAGAAAUGAGAGGGGUGAUGCAGCCUCCGGUGAAGGGAAAUGAUGGAGGUGGAAGAAAGGGGUGUGUGGAGCAUGGAACGGGAGACCCACACUCACCGGAACCAGAAACAACAAUGUCUCUCCUCUUCUCCCACAACCCAUCACUUCUCUUCGAGAACUCGGCCACCACCACCACGGCUACUUCUUCCAUGCUCCACUACUCUCCCCCUAUAUCUCUAUCUUUUUCAAUCCGCCAAAAAAGAAUCAAAUCGGCAUUCACUCGGUUCUCCUCAAACAAUCCCCCAACAACCCCUGAAUGGAACGCCACUGACCAGACUGUCAACGACGACGAAGAAUCAGACGGGUCGCAGCUACCCACGGUCACAGAUGAAUGGGGAGAGAAAUCUGAGCCGGAAAAUGAACCACCGACGAGAUUGUCAACCUCAGAUCCUCCCCAAGAUGAAGACGAGUGGGGAACCGGUGCUAUAGAGCAACCGGAGGAAGAAAUUUCUAUUGCCGGCAACGGCAGUCAAACUCUAGAAGUGACUGCAGCUGAGGAUAAUGGUAAAAUUGAAGAGCUGAAGAGGUGUUUGGUUGACAGUGUUUACGGGACUGGUCUCGGAUUCCGUGCGUCGACGGAGGAACGGGCGGAGAUUAUGGAGUUGGUGACUCAAUUAGAAGCGAUUAAUCCGACGCCGGCGCCUACUGAAGCGGUGGAGCUUCUUGAUGGUAACUGGAUUUUGCUGUACACUGCAUUUUCUGAGCUACUGCCACUUCUGGCUGUGGGCACAACUCCAUUGUUGAAGGUUGACAAGAUUUGUCAAGAAAUCUCUACCACCACACUUACCAUUGAUAAUUCCAUCACAUUCUCCACCCCUUUUGCUACUUUCACAUCCACUGCAUCUGCAAACUUUGAAGUCAGAAGUCCCUCAAGAAUCCAGGUACAAUUUAAGGAAGGGAGUUUUCAGCCUCCAAAGAUAAAGUCAAAUCAAUCUCUGAACCCUUUGCAAGAGGCUGUGGCAAGUUUAGCAGGUGCCAUUUCAGGUCAAGCUCCUCUUAAGAUUCCAAUCCCAGAGGUGAUGGUGGCCUCUUUGUUCUUGCUAAAGAAGGAAGUCCUCUUUUGGAUUAAUUAUCAGAUUCAGGGUGUAAUUGUUGCAGAAAUUGAAGCUUUUAUGAAUGAAUCUAAGGAGGAGCCAGAUACAGACUCAUCUCAUCUGAGUAAUCGUAAUCGCUUCGUGGAAUGUUUGUUGGGUCAAUUCUUUCUUCGAAUCCCUAUAUCCACCUUCAUCAUCUGUAAUCUGUAUAGAUCUGUUUGCCAUGAAAUUUUAGAUUGUUUUUCAAACACGACGGAAAUGAGCAGUGACAAGGAGGCCGUGAAACUGGACGACGAACAACUGGGAGAGCUCCGGGAAAUAUUCCGAUCGUUUGACAGAAACAACGACGGCAGCCUCACACAACUCGAAUUGGGUUCGUUGUUACGAUCGUUAGGUCUUACACCAAGCCCUGACCAGCUCGAUGCAUUAAUACAGAAAGCCGAUACCAACAGCAACGGUUUGGUGGAGUUCUCGGAGUUCGUAGCGCUGGUGGCGCCGGAGCUUCUUCCGGCGAAGUCUCCCUACACAGACGACCAAAUGAAGCAGUUGUUUAAGAUGUUUGAUCGCGACGGCAACGGGUAUAUCACGGCGGCAGAGCUGGCUCACUCUAUGGCGAAGCUGGGACAUGCGUUGACGGCGGAGGAGCUGACGGGGAUGAUCAAAGAGGCGGAUACUGACGGCGAUGGACGGAUCAACUUCCAGGAGUUCUCUCGGGCAAUCACUUCAGCCGCUUUUGAUAAUUCUUUUUCCUGA